CAUUCUCCAUCUCUCUUUCUCUCUUCUCUAAUUUGGUGGAGUUGAUGUGUUCAAUACGUAUGCCUCCUCCCAAUUAUGCGAGGUCGCGCCUUUUAUCUGCCACUUCAGUCCUCCCCCAAUCCCGAUGCCUGCAAUGCACACAACCCUUUACUCAUCCUGGUCCACUGGCACUGAAGAGAGAUGAUCUAUUACUUACAACUGAUAAGCUAGUGGGCUCGAUGGAGCAACCGCUCGUUCUAGUAUCACACAUCCAAAAGUCAAGAUAUUCUGGCCGCCUUCACUAAACAGCGCUAGGUGGCGAUCAACCAGGUUCUGGCAACUCCUCGUAUUCCGGCAGUAUACUCGUGGGUUCGUUUGAUAAAUUGCACCAUAUUAGAAUCUGAUGAGAAUCUGAUAGGGAUAAAAGAUCCUUACAUCCAGUCGUCUGAGU